AUCCAAGAUGGCGCCCCCAGGAGCCCGGAGCCGUUGACCGGCGGCAGGGAAGCGGCCUGGGUUGGCCCUCCGAUUGCGGGAUCCUGGGGGUAUCUCGCCGGGUACCCCCCUGGCCCGCCUAGAAGGCCUUCCCUGGGCCAGUGCAAUGGCUGCCGAGAAUAGCAAGCAAUUUUGGAAGAGGAGCGCCAAGCUGCCGGGGAGCAUCCAGCCUGUGUAUGGAGCACAGCACCCUCCUCUGGAUCCUCGGCUCACCAAAAACUUCAUUAAAGAGCGGUCGAAAGCCAGCGCAGUUCCUCUGAAAAAUAAGAAGGCCUCCAGUUUCCAUGAGUUUGCCCGGAAUACCAGUGAUGCUUGGGACAUUGGCGAUGAUGAGGAAGAGGAUUUUUCCUCCCCUUCUUUCCAAACUCUGAACUCAAAAGUUGCUUUGGCAACUGCAGCCCAAGUCCUGGAAAACCACAGCAAGUUGAGGGUGAAACCAGAACGGUCCCAGUCAACAACAUCCGACGUUCCUGCCAGCUACAAGGUCAUAAAGUCCAGCAGUGAUGCCCAGCUGUCCAGAAAUUCCAGUGAUACAUGCCUGAGGAAUGCACUCCACAAACAGCAGUCACUCCCUCUCCGACCCAUCAUCCCCCUUGUUGCCCGGAUCUCGGACCAGAACGCUUCUGGGGCACCCCCAAUGACUGUCCGGGAGAAAACCCGCCUAGAAAAAUUCCGUCAGCUUCUCUCCAGCCACAACACUGACUUAGAUGAACUGAGGAAGUGUAGCUGGCCAGGGGUUCCCAGGGAGGUUCGACCUGUAACCUGGAGACUCCUGUCGGGCUAUCUCCCAGCCAACACUGAGAGGAGGAAGUUGACCCUGCAGCGGAAGCGGGAGGAAUAUUUUGGCUUCAUUGAGCAGUAUUAUGACUCUCGAAAUGACGAACAUCACCAGGAUACCUACAGACAGAUCCACAUUGACAUUCCAAGGACGAAUCCUCUCAUUCCAUUGUUCCAGCAGCCACUUGUACAGGAGAUCUUCGAAAGAAUUCUAUUUAUUUGGGCCAUCCGACACCCUGCCAGUGGGUAUGUCCAGGGAAUUAAUGACCUGGUCACUCCGUUCUUUGUCGUCUUCCUCUCAGAAUAUGUGGAAGAGGAUGUGGAGAACUUUGACGUGACCAAUUUGUGUCAGGACGUGCUGCGCAGCAUUGAAGCUGACAGCUUCUGGUGCAUGAGCAAGCUGCUGGACGGCAUCCAGGAUAACUACACCUUUGCACAACCAGGGAUCCAGAAGAAGGUCAAGGCCCUGGAAGAGCUUGUCAGCCGGAUUGAUGAGCAGGUACAUAAUCACUUCAGGAGGUACGAGGUGGAAUACCUACAGUUUGCCUUUCGUUGGAUGAACAACCUGCUUAUGCGGGAGCUUCCCCUUCGCUGCACCAUUCGCCUGUGGGACACAUACCAGUCUGAACCAGAAGGGUUCUCCCACUUCCACCUCUAUGUGUGUGCAGCUUUUUUGAUCAAGUGGAGAAAAGAAAUCUUGGAUGAGGAGGACUUCCAGGGUCUCCUCAUGCUGCUACAAAACCUACCUACAAUACACUGGGGCAACGAAGAGAUUGGGCUGCUUCUCGCCGAGGCGUACAGACUCAAGUAUAUGUUUGCCGACGCCCCUAAUCACUACCGCCGAUAGGUGCUGUCUCCCCAUGGGGACCCAGACUGCCCCCAUCUCUGAUGGCAAUCUGAUCACUGUGGCCACUGUGCGAGCCGUGGACUGGACCAGGAACCACUCCUGCUGUAAAAAGCUCACAUCUGCCGCCCAGGUCUUAACUUUUUGGCGUGCCUAUCACACCACUCCAUGUCUCUGGAUGGGUCUCCUGGACCGCUGUCAGUAUUCCAUGCCAUGUGCGUGGGCCCAGCUCUGGGAGAGGACUGAAAAGGAGGUACAGGGUUGUCUGCCCCUUUAAAAGAACUGGACAAAUGAAGGGGAAGGCUCAGGGUCUUAACUCACAUUGUCCCUCCAUGGACUGGCUGUGUCUUGCCUCCCAGCCCCAGCUGAUACUGUUGCUUUUUGUGACAUAGUUUGAUUUGAUCACAGGUCAAAAACGCCUUAUGUUUUCAAAAUCCUCCUGGCCCCUCUCCCCUGGCCCCAGGUCCUAGCCCUUUACCUCUGCCCUGGUCCGAGCGAGUGAGGGCAGCUUUUCAAGACCAUUAUUCCCAGAUGGAGGAGGCACCGAUGCUUAACUCUGGGAAGAGGCCUUCACCCAAGGGCUGGGGAUUUUAAUUUUCCUCCUCUCACCAGUAUGUGAGUGUGCGUUUGUGUGCGUAGCUGGGUGGGUAUACACACCCAGCAUUUAGUUACAUGUCUGAAUUUCUUUGUCCAGAAUAGCCCCAUCACAACCAGCUGGGAAAGGCCCUAGUGACCAGUGUACAGUGUCCCUUGAGAAGGAUCAGGGCAGGGGAGGGAGAAGGGUCUUUUGACCUCUCCAAACCCUUUUCCAUGAUGACCCACUCCAAGAUAUUAUGUGUAAAUUGUGUUAUUAUGUAUAUGGGUAAAGAUGUACAAAUAUAUGUCCUCUUUGUAGCAGAUAUGAUUUUAUAUUUAUAAUGUGCAUCAACAUGUGAAAGCAAUCUAGGUCAUAGCACAGGUGAAGCUGUCAGGCAGGUGGCUUGAGCCUCCCGGUUGGUUUCUGGGGCCCUCCUGUGCAGGGAGCGAAUGGGAUCUGCUGGGGUGAGCAGUGCUGAGCAGAUGGAGCUGCCUUGAAACCAGUGGCAGCCAUGCCAGGCAUCAGUGUCUCAGAGUUGUUUCUCCUCCCCUUUCCCACCCCUUCCAGGCCCUGAUGGAGCCUCUGCCUUGCGCCUUCCCAUCCUCAGACCGAGCUCCCAUCCUUCACCCCCGCAGCCUCCCAGAGAGAGGACCGCAGAGGCAGAAGCCCUUCUGCAUGAGUUUAGCCCCUGCCUCGCCCCCGCCCCCCACCCCAGAAUCUGGGGAGGGCUUUUGUUUUUACAUCUCUAAGUCAGCAUUGUAUUCAAGACAGAAGCUGUGACUGACUGUCAGUGCCAAGGAAAGGGGUUUCCUGUGUGUCCCUGGGGUUUGGGGCUCUUCUCAGAGAGAGGCAUUCGUUGUCCCCCACUGUUACCAUCACACCUCACCCAGCUCAUGAGAUGUGUGACUCCUGUUCAAUUUUUGGUAUUUGGAAGUGGAGAAGUGGGGGUGGGGGCAAGCAGCUGUCAUCUUCUAGGGAAGCCAAGCAGUAUCCCCAGUGGGUCACACCCUUGAGUCUCUGCCAGCGGAGCCCACCGCGCAGGCGUAUUACAUUUCUCAUCUGGAGCUGUUUCUCAGGCAUCCUUCCUAACCCUGCGCCCUCCCCUUUCAGUGUGCCUCAGCCUCCUCCACAGAGAGGGCCCGUGGCCCGUUCUCAGCUGGACUGAAGAAAGACACUUGUGUUCCCAAGUGGUGGUUUUAUUUUUUUAGUUUUUAUGUUUGUAUGGGAAAUUGUGGAUAAAGUGAAAGAAUUGUAAAUAAAUAGUGGAUUUCCUCCUCCA